GACCGCAGCUACCUUCACCGCGCAUACACCACUUUCGCCUUCUGCAGCACUCUAGACAGACCACCCCCGCGACUACUUAUCCUUGAAGAAUCGCCCGGCGCGACUUCAACGACCCCUCCACCACCGCGAUCCACCCACCAGCAACCUCCGCACUCGCAUACGAUCCGUCUGCCACUCGCAGCUCCACUCACUACCACCGCCUCUCAACACCUCCACCACAAUCACAAUGGCUGACGUCGCCACCGCACCGAACCCCUCCCAGCAGGUCCCCUUGGACACAAUCCCCAUCUCGCCCGUCGAGGGCAACUCGUCAUCCGAAGGCCAGGAGAAGUCCUCCACUAGCGCCACCACAGACGACAAUGCCGCCCGCACCGUCUUCCACGAUCCCGAGAACUUCAACGUCAAGCACCCGCUCAUGAACACAUGGACCCUUUGGUUUACCAAGCCCCCAAGCGGCAAGGGCGACAACUGGGCUGAGCUGCUCAAGGAGGUUAUCUCGUUCGACUCAGUUGAGGAGUUCUGGGGUAUCUACAACAACAUUACACCCACAUCCGACCUGGCGCUGAAGUCUGAUUACCAUCUCUUCAAGAGGGGCGUCCGCCCUGAGUGGGAAGACUCUCAGAACAAGCACGGCGGCAAGUGGGCGUUCCAGUUCAAGGACAAGAAGGCUAUCAACAUCGACGCGCUCUGGCUCCAUGUUAUGCUCGCUGCCAUCGGCGAGAACCUUGAGGACGAGGAUGACAACGAGGUCAUGGGCGUAGUUGUCAACGUUAGGCGAGGAUUCUACCGUAUCGGUCUGUGGACUCGCUCCGUCGGUCGUGCCAUUCCUGGCGAGGCGGGCAAGGGCAGGACACAAGAGCAGGGCAAGGAGGCACUCCAGAAGAUUGGCAAGCGAUUCAAGCAGUCUCUCCAGCUCAAGGACAACGAGGCCGUUGAGUUCUCUGGUCACACCGACGCUGCUCACUCCGGCAGCACCCGUGCGAAGGCCAAGUUUACCGUCUAAGCGUUUGCAGAGACGUGGAGUUGGCAAGAUUCGAACAUGGUCGAAGCAGAGGUUUGCCUCUGCGGUUUCUCUGUCCAAUACGUUGAAGCGCAGUCUACGCGCAGACUGCGCUCGAGCGUAAUUUACUACCCGGUUUACCCAAAAGCAUUUUCACGUAUCGAUCAUGAUUACGGGAUUGGGUUUCUAGCAUGGCGUCUGCAUGGGGCGGCGAUCGGUCAUCUUGGGGUCUGACAUGAUUUAUGGUCAUGACGAGUUAUGUGACUCGGGCGGUACGUGGGUUUGGGAUCCAAGUUUGAUAGAUCUGAGCUCUUUUAUUUAGCAAAUUUACGAAUGAGA